AUGGGAGGAAUAAAAAAGAAAAAAGCAAAUAACCCUUCCGUGGCCACGAUCUUUCGAUCGCAAAGUACACCUCGGCGGCCAUCUUGCCGAACGGGAAAGGCGAGCCCCAGCCUGGAACCGGACACUCCGGAGCACUUGCACGCAGCUGACCAGCCUAUAACCAAAAGGGAUCUCCAGGUACUCCUCUUGGACGCCACGGCUGACAUCAAAGCACACACGGCGGCAGAACUAGACCGCCAUAUACAGGGUCUGAAGGGAGACAUAGAGGCCCUGGCACGACAUACCAACCAGGCCGAAACACAGCUUACAGCCUUGGCAGAAUCCUCUCGGACCCACUCCCAAGAUCUAACCUACCUCCACGGAAAGAUUACAUCCUUAGAGGAGGAAUUGGAGGAUUUAAAUAACCGAUCGAGACGAAAUAAUAUCCGGGUCCGGGGCCUUCCUGAGUCGGUUCCCGGUGACUGCCUACAAGCAACAUUACUGGGGUUGUUCCGGUCCUUGCUCCCGGAGGCUGUGGACAGGGACCUGGAGAUGGACAGGGCCCACAGAGCACUCCGGGCUCCGGCCUUCAGCCCUGACACCCCUAGAGAUGUCAUCGUUCGUUUGCACAGAUUCCCUAUCAAGGAGCAGCUCCUCAGAAAAGCGCGGCAAAAUCCGCCAUCUUACCUGAACUGCAGGCUGGCCUUCUUUCAGGAUCUGGCACCCCUGACACUCAAGAAACGCCGAGACCUCAAACAGCUCACACUGACCCUCACUCAUCACGGCAUCAAGUAUAUGUGGGGGCACCCGUUCAAGUUGGUGGUCCGCAAAGACGAGCAGACCCACGUCCUCCAUCACGCGACGGAGAUGGUCCCCUUUGCUGCCUCCUUGGGCCUGGAACUCCUGCCGCCACCCUCACAACUUCCACGGAGGCCUGGGGGGGGACCCGGAGGGGCAGCCAGGGCAGAUGAUCGCACCCCUCGCCAUACACCACGGAGGAGAGUGAUGACGGCGGGAGGCAGCCCCCGCAGACCAUAG